GCUUUCUCAGCCACAAUUGCCAAUGUCAAUAACCACUUCUGAACCAUGAAGUGAGAGAGAGAAAGAGAGAGAGCCUGCGUCACCAAAACAAGAGACGCACAGGGGCUAAUAUUAAUCCAAAUAUAGCGCCAAAACAUAGACACACACACACCAUGCCUUCUCUUGAUCUCAAAGAAUUUCAAGAGAAGCUCUCCACUCACUUCCGCCCAUUGCAACGCUCCUUUCAGUUCUGGGUUCGAGCCGCUGAUAUCUACACCGGUUACAAGGUGUUUCAGCUUCGAGUGUGUUUCGAGAAGGAUGUGACGAAGCAAGAGGCAAUGUGGGAAAGACAACACGAGUUUGCCGCUGAGAAGAUAUAUAACAUGUGCUCUGACCUUGGUGGCUUUUUUCUCAAGGUUGCCCAAAUCAUCGGGAAGCCUGACUUGGCCCCGGCUGCAUGGGUUAGAAGGCUUGUUACGCUGUGCGAUCAAUCCCCUGCAACCCCAUAUGAUGUCAUCCGAGUGGUGCUAGAGAAGGAGUUGGGUCAAAGUGUAGAUGGAUUGUUCGAAAGAUUUGAAGUGAAUCCUCUUGGUUCUGCUUCUAUUGCACAGGUAACUGAGGUGCACCGAGCGAGAUUAAAAGGUGACAAAAGAGAUGUUGUUGUCAAGGUGCAACAUCCUGGUGUUCAGGAGUUGAUGAUGACAGAUAUUCGUAACCUGCAAGCUUUUGCAUUAUACAUGCAAAAGACAGAUAUCAAAUUCGAUCUCUUCUCUAUAACUAAGGAAAUGGAGAAACAGAUCGGGUAUGAAUUUGACUUCAAGAGAGAAGCUGAUGCUAUGGAAAGAAUUAGGCAUUUUCUACAUGAGAACAAUAAAAAUUCUCCUGUUAUGGUGCCAAGGGUGAUACGGAAUAUGGUCACUAGGAGGGUCUUAGUAAUGGAAUAUAUUGAUGGAAUCCCAAUUCUAAAGCUUGGAGAUGAAAUAGCUAAAAGAGGCAUAAAUCCUGGUGGUAAGAUCGCAGCUGCGGCAAAGAGGAACAUCCUUAAAAGUUUGGCAGUUGCUUAUGGACAAAUGAUACUGAAGAGUGGUUUCUUCCAUGCAGAUCCCCAUCCUGGAAAUAUUCUGAUCUGUAAAGGUUCCGAGGUUGCCUUGCUUGACUAUGGGCAAGUGAAGGACCUUCCAGACAUUUUAAGGCUCGGAUAUGCUAAUCUGGUUAUUGCUAUUGCUGACAAUGAUGCUGUAAGGGCAUCAGAGAGCUACAGGGAGCUGGGCAUACAUACCUUAAUCAAUUGUAAGGAUGGACAAAAGGAAAUGCUUAAGUUGGCACAGACAAUGUUUGAUACGAAGCUACCGCCUGGUGUGAAGAUGUUGCAACCUUUCUCCGAAGAAUCUUCAAUAAAAAAAAUUGCUGUUCAGGCUUUUCCAGAGGAACUGUUUUCUGUUCUUCGCACGGUGCAUCUUUUGAGAGGACUUAGUGUUGGUCUAGGAAUCAACUACUCAUGUGCCGAGCAGUGGAGACCAAUUGCAGAAGAAGCAUUGUAUCUUGCUGGCAGACUAAAAGGUAAUGAUCUCAAGACUGUAAAACGUAGACAUGGUCUCUUCAAAAGAAUAUUUGGGAGAGUGGUGGGAUUGUGAAGACUGAAUAUAUGCAAGCAUGAAUCGACCUGGAAGUCUUAUGGUGUUCCAAUUCUAUUGUUCGUUCUCUGGUAAAGUACAGAUCGGUCCUUUGGUAAUUGUUUGAUAUGAAAAUUUGCAAAGUAAUUGGAGAGUCAUUUUCAUCCUUCAUUUUCAAUUAACACAAGUUGGUUUGUAGAUUGUGCUUUUAUGUAUAUCAGAAGAAUGACAUUGCUAAUUCAUUAGCACAAGCUAUUCUUGUAGCUUUGUGCUUUUAUUAUGCAAAUAUUAAAACAUUUGGCAUGGCAUUGUAAAAUACAACCAUUCAUUCUUUUAACAUUUUGAUCUC